GCUGCCGUGAAAACUGCAAUUCCCAGAGUUGCUCGGUGCUCGCGGCUUGACUACAAUUGCAAAGAAUUAGAUCAUAAACUCGGACAAAUGUGAGGGUGUUGUGACUUUAAACAUGUUUUGGGGGAUUUGUUAGCCCAUCUUCUUCUUGGCUGGUUAUUAUCGUAAUCUAUCAGAUUUUCAAAUGAACAUCAAAGUUGAAAAGGCAGCGACAAAUGGCACGCAAGUGAUACUAUCUGCCUAAUAUGUUGUAAUCAGAAACCAAUGUUUAAAAGGGCAAAACUGCUUUACUGAGGAAACUGGCGAUCAUCAACCACAAUCUCAUUCUAUCUACCUGAAUAGCUAAGAUGGACCAGUCCCCUCAAUCCUACAUGCUUGCCAAUCUGACUCAUCCACAUUCUGAGCAGUUACUGCAGGGAUUGAAUCUUCUUCGGCAGCAUCGUGAGCUCUGCGACAUCAUCCUCAGGGUUGGAGAUGUCAAGAUCCAUGCCCACAAGGUGGUGCUGGCUAGCAUCAGCCCAUACUUUAAAGCCAUGUUUACUGGAAACCUGUCAGAGAAUGAAAACUCUGAGGUUGAAUUCCAGUGUAUUGAUGAAACUGCUUUGCAGGCUAUUGUGGAAUAUGCAUACACAGGAACUAUAUUCAUUUCACAAGAUACAGUAGAAUCUUUACUACCAGCUGCAAAUUUGCUUCAAAUGAAACUAGUACUGAAGGAAUGUUGCACAUUCCUUGAAAGCCAGCUUGAUCCUGGCAACUGUAUUGGCAUUUCCCGGUUUGCUGAAACUUAUGGUUGCCAUGAGUUGUACCUUGCUGCCAACAAAUAUAUUUGUCAGAAUUUUGAAGAGGUAUGCCAGACUGAAGAAUUUUUUGAGCUGAAUCACACAGAGUUAGAUGAAAUAAUUUCAAAUGACUGUCUGAAUGUUGUGACUGAGGAGUCUGUUUUUUAUGCUUUGGAGUCAUGGAUUAAAUAUGAUGUACAAGAAAGACAAAAAUAUCUGGCUCAGCUGUUGCACUGUGUCCGAUUGCCAUUGCUAAGUGUGAAGUUUCUAACAAGAUUAUAUGAAGCAAAUCAGUUAAUUCGUGAUGAACAUACCUGCAAGCACCUUCUAAAUGAAGCACUUAAGUAUCAUUUUAUGCCAGAGCACAGAUUUUCCCAUCAGACUGAGUUAUUGACACGGCCACGUUGUGCUCCCAAAGUAUUGUGUGCUGUGGGUGGAAAAACUGGACUGUUUGCUACUUUAGACAGUGUGGAGAUGUACUUCCCUCAGACAGAUUCCUGGACAGGUCUGGCACCACUUAGUAGUCCACGCUAUGAAUGUGGAGUUGCUGUUGUCGAUCAGAAACUGUAUGUCGUAGGAGGAAUUGCAACCCACAUUCAGCAAGGCAUCAAUUAUCGGAAGCAUGAGAAUUUGGUGGAAGGUUGGAAUCCGGAGACAAAUAAGUGGACAUCUAUAGAAAGAAUGAACGAGUGUCGAAGCACUCUCGGAGUGGCAGUAUUAGCAGGCGAACUGUAUGCAAUAGGUGGUUAUGAUGGAGAGAACUACUUACAAUCUGUGGAAAAAUACAUUCCUAAAAUCAAAAAGUGGCAGCCAGUUGCACCCAUGGGGAAAAGUCGAAGCUGUUUUGCAGCUGCAGUUUUAGACGGAAUGAUAUAUGCUAUAGGAGGAUAUGGUCCUGCUCACAUGAACAGUGUGGAGCGUUAUGAUCCAAGCAAAGAUUCCUGGGAGAUGGUGGCUCCAAUGGCUGAUAAAAGAAUUAACUUUGGUGUUGGUUCGAUGCUUGGAUUCAUCUUUGUCGUUGGUGGACACAAUGGUGUGUCACACUUGCAAAGUGUUGAGAGAUAUGAACCCCACCAAAAUCAGUGGACCUUAUGCAGGCCGAUGAGUGAUCCUAGAACAGGAGUUGGUGCAGCCAUUGUAGACAACUACCUCUAUGUGGUGGGAGGUCACUCAGGGUCAUCAUACCUGAAUAUGGUGCAGAGGUACGACCCAACCUUAGAUACCUGGUCAGACUUUGCUGGCAUGUUGUCAUGCCGAUGCAACUUUGGGCUGACUGCAUUUUGACAGUUGACUUGAUUAUGAAGGAUGUACUGUGGUAAUAAAUCCUGCAUGGCAAGAUGACCAAUUAUGCUGAAACUGUGCAGCUCCUCAAUCUGUUGGGUUUUACUGAGAAACUUGGCUGCUACUGUUGGUUUUUACUGCGCAGAAAGUAUUCAUUCAUAUUUUCGAUUGAGUUGGUUAUAUUGUAUGAUUGUACAUUUGCGGGGAAGAAAAACUGAUGCCUGAAACAGCCAGGGCUAACCAGAGCUCUAGCUUUUCCACCUUAUAAACAUUCCCCUCCAUUUUAACUAGCUGUUACCUCCAUCCUUCCUCAUUUUAAUCAUAAAGGAUCACACAUUCAAAACCAAUAAUCAACCCAUUGUAUGUAUGCAACUUGAAGAGUCCAUGUCUGUUUUGUGCAAUGUAUGUCCAUUGCAUUUAUCGUGUUCUAUUUAACAUCAGUGCUUCACAGUAAGAAAAUUUGUACUUAAGGGCUGCAUAUCUGUUACUCAAUUUUUGAAUUCGAUACAACUUCCCAUUGUGUGCUUGCUUGUAUUGUGUAAUGUGAUUUAUGUAAUAGCUAGGAUUGGAAUGAUCCAUUAAUAGUAAUGUGUAACAUGCUACAAACAUUUUGUGUAUGAUUGUUCCUUUGACAAUCUCCAACAGAACCAUAAUAAGAUCAGCUGUUAAUAUUUAAUAUUUGAUCUGUUAUUCAAAGGGACUAAACGGAAAUGAAUAGCUAAAAAGGGAUCUUAAUUGGGGUAUAUGAAGUUGCGAUUGGUACUUUCAUAGCUUGCUAAUGAGUUUUUGAAGUUCUGAACUUCUGGUUACAAGCCUGUAUUUGCAGAACAUAGCAUAGGAACACCAAUUCUGAUUUUAGAUAAUUACUUAAUAGAUUUUGAAUAUGGGCUUCAAUGAUUUAUUUUAAUCAGUACUGAAAUUUCAAUAUUUGUAACUGCCAUUUUUUUUCAGCUCUAAUGAGCAGGUGUUGGGUUUGUUGAUGUGAUCCUUUGUAAUAUUCUACAGCUGCUGUUGAGGGAGAAUAAUUAGAUUUAGUAACUGGUGCUAUCCUAGGAUUCAGGACACAGAUAUUGCAUAUGUUUAUUUUAUAAUAUGUCUGCUCAUGAAUUAUUUUGAAUAUUUUUACUCCAAUGGUUUUGUUAGUAGGACUUGUAUGUACCUCUGAGCAAUCAAAGCUGGAGUGAAGGAAUAGUUUGUAUAAUGAGUUUUCAGUGCUUUUUUGAACCCUAACCUUGAUGCUUUUAGACUCCAGUUGAAGUGAUUAACGUUGUAAGGGUGGGUUAAUAGUUCAGCUGUUCAUUGUUACCAUCUGCUUUACAUGAUAUAUGAUUUCCUCACUGCCAAUGUGUGUGUGGACCUCUUUUUGUUAACUUUUGUUGCCAAAUUUUUACGUUCACUGCCAAGUUACCUUUUGUAUCUACAACAUCAAUGUGUCACUUUCCAUUCUCAUCUCAAAGCUGCAGUAUCUUGCAUGAAAAAUACUUCUUGUUUUUGGCUGUUUAGAAUGUACUCUAUGCUGAUAUACAGGAAGAUAUUGAAGUACGUAAUGCAAGAAAAGUUAGACAUUAACUGAGUUUUGAAAUAUGUUCCAGCAGAGGAAGCACAUUUGUAGAGUUGACAGGUUCUGCCAAGGAAUUUUAAACAACCAAACUGAUGAUUUAGUGAUACACCUCAAUAAUGUUUUUUUUUGAUAGCUAAACUCUGUGAAAACAAACUGCACUAUUUGAAAACAUUACAAAUAUUAUCUCUCUAUUAAAUACUGCAGCUUUUCCUCUGUUCUUAUUCUGCAAAAAAUAAUUUGCGUAAUUUUGGCAGAAGUUUGAUUACAGCUACAGUUAGUAUGUUUUUACCAGAUCAGCAAAGUGCCAGCACAAUGUUUGUACACAAGUUGUAUAUUUCAGUUCUGAUUGGAAAAGUCAAUGGUUUGAGACCGCAUGAACACACGUCUGUGUACACACAUUAGUGUUUCAGAUCACGCUGAAUCAUCAUGCUACUGUAGUUAGUUUCUAUCCUAACCCUCUGGAAGUUUCUAGACCUUGAGAGUGAAGGCUUCAAAUGUUUGGUAUUUUGAAUAAAAUGGUGCAAUAACAUUUUUAUAUGGCUUUUUUAUUAGGUGUAAUUUAUACUUAUGUAAAUUAAAGGAUGGAUUGCUUUAUGGAACUACCAUUGUGCUCUGUAAAUAUAGCAUCUAUCAGUGAAGUGUGUACAGUAAAAUUUACACUUGUGUUCCUUGUGUAGAUAUAAAAUUGCAUCUCUCCGUGUCCUUCCAUACUUCCAAAUAAAAGUAAAACAAGAUGACAUGCAUUUUGUUCCACAAAUGACAGUGUAAUUUAAUGUACACUGAACCUACAGCAAAUAAACUAGCAAAGCCCACCAAAACAAGCGUAGUCCCAGAGGCUUGGCAACUGACACAUCCUGCUGGUUUAGUGGCACAAGUGUUACUUCUGAUGACAGUAGCUGAUGUUAUAGCAAUAAUUACUGUCAGUGAUGGGAUUUGAGAAAAUUGUUAUAGUUUCAAAUAUAACUGGCCAAAACUAACGAUUUUUUUUUAAAAAGAUACACAUUUUUGAAAAAAAACUCCAUUUUCUAUUUGGUAUAAAGAAUGUGCAAAGGGUAGAUUUUACACUAUAAUGAAAAGUGUAGAUCCAAUUGUAAUUUAAAAUAUUUGUCUCCUUGCUCUACAAAUAUAGUUGGAAAUGUUUCAGUUUACAUUUUUUUUGUUACAUUAUGUCCUUCCACUAGUUCAGUAACAAUUUAACUUGAGCUAUGAUGCAAUGAUUCUGAAAUUCUGGUGUCUGGCAUGUCAAAUAUGUCAUGCUUCUAUUUUGCUAUAUACUUUAAAAGAUCUAACUUGGAACAUUAUCAUUUAGCCUCUGGAGUAGAUUUCUGACUACUUGGUUGACUGGGUCGCAGAAUAAACUCCGUAAGCAACCUGUUAAUAGGAUAUAGCAACUGUCGUUUUUGCAAUACCCUUGAUUCUCCAACUUAUAAAUAUGGCUUUCAGCUUCUUUCACAAUGAAAUUAGAGAAUUUUGUUAGCAUCAUACUCUCCUGAAUUAUCCAGUUCUGGUAUACAAAGAAAUUUCAGUACCUGAUAAGUUGAUUACAAGUGCAAAAAUGAGCAUUUACUAAAAGGACAUUGUGCACAAAUCAAAACUUGUCUUUAGUUUUGGGAAAUACUCAGAGUGAUGCAAUCAAUUCAGAUGUGAUAUUUUAAAAAUAUGUAUAUAUUGGUCAUAACCUAAAAAUGUAUUUUUAGAAUGAAAACUUUUUAAUCAUUUGUUGUGAUCGAGGUUGCCCCAUCUCCUGAUGAUCUUUCAUACCAAGAGGAAGUUUUUUCCUUUUUGACCAGUGGUGUAUGAAAUGCACAGCCUAAUUUUUUGGAUACUACAACUUACACAAAUUACUGACCUAUUGGUGUGUUAUUAUUAAGUUUCUAUAUGCUGUGUUUCCUCUUUUGAAAAUUUUUUUUGCUGACAAAAUGGACAUGGAAAAGGAUGUAAUUGGAUGCAAUGUUAAUGAUCCUAUGUCUUGGACACAGUGGGAGGCUUACAUCCAAGCAAGCUACAGAUGAACAAUUUUGGUAUUUUUUGAUUGACAAAACGUGUAGUUACAGAUGUUCUGUUUUUUAGAUUAUUUUAACUAAGGGUGAUAGUUUGGAUAGUUUAGCUCUUAAUAGUUCAUCAGUCCUUUACCAUAUCCAAAUUUGUUCCAUUCAUUUAAUUAUCAAAUUUAUGAAAAUAAUGACAUCUGAUCUUCAUGCUCACAAACCUUUGUGAAAUCUCUGAUGGGUGGAGUCAUUUGCAGUAUUCACAAUUUAAAUUGAAAGAUUUGAACCUUUUAAUGAAUGGCCUAAAAUAACACUUCAGUUUAUAUUAUGAUGAUACACGCUGGAUAAUUAGGAAAGCUUAUAAAUGAAAGUUAAUUGUAAAUUGGAAAGGGCCAGAGGCUUGGCUAUAGUCAUUACUGAUUUCAUAGCUUGCCUUAAAAUUUUUAACUUCAUAUUUGAAGAACUGGAUUAUUUUUCAUAACUGCCUUAUACUCAGUGCUAUCCUCUAGCAAAACCAGACUAGUAUAUUUUUUUUGAGUGAAACUCAAUCUUUGUAAAUGAAUGGUAAGGUAAAACUAUUUAGACUCAUGAGGGAAUGACAUUGUAAAUGGUUAAAUGUUAAAUUGUAUUGGAGUGUGUAGUUAUAUGCUCUGUACCUGCAAAUGGCAGGAAUCUUUUGUUUACAGUCUGACAAUUGUCUUGCCUGCUCUUUUUUUUGUUAUAUGAACAAAAGUGCUGAAGGACUAUUUCACAUUAUCAUUUGAGCUCAGUUUUCUUAGUGUCCAGAUUUCAUGCGCUUUCAUGUGGUACAGCUGUGUCAAAUACUGUUGUUACAGUAUUCCAUUGUGGGUUUAUUAAAUAAACAUACAAAAACA